AUGGGUUUGAAAGAUGAGGAGAAGAAAGCUGACGAGACUGUAGAAGAUCAGCCAAAGGGACAAGGGACGUUAAGCAGAAAGAACAGCCACAGCUCUUUGUGUCCCACAGAUGAUGAUGAAGAAGAUGAAGACAAGAAGCUUGAACUUGGUCCCAUGAUCGCACUCAAAGAACAGCUCGAGAAAGACAAGGAUGAUGAAAGCUUGAGGAGAUGGAAAGAACAACUUCUAGGCAGCGUGGAUCUUGAGGAGGUUGGAGAGACUCCGGAUCCGGUGGUAAAGAUAUUGACCUUAACAAUUAGGUCACCAGAUAGAGAAGAUAUGGUAUUGACGGUCCCCGAAAACGGAAAACCAACAUCAAAAGGACCAUGGUUUACUCUCAAAGAAGGUUCUAAGUACACUCUUGUAUUUACCUUCCGUGUGACCAACAACAUUGUGUCCGGCCUCCGGUACAGCAAUACGGUUUGGAAAACCGGACUCAAGGUGUAUAGUAGAAAGGAGAUGUUAGGAACGUUUAGUCCCCAGGCGGAACCAUAUAACCAUGUCAUGUUUGAAGAAUCAACGCCGUCUGGUAUGCUUGUUAGAGGCUCCUAUUCCGUUAAGUCUAAGUUCGUCGAUGACGAUAAUAAGUGCUACUUGGAGAACAACUACACCUUCGACAUUCGCAAGAAUUGGCUGUGAUCCAUCACAUAAGUUUUUUUUGGAUUAAUGUUAAUCCAUCACAAAAGUUAAUGGG